AUGCCUCCUUCCACACAAGACGAAAACUACUCUGCUUCUCCUCCUCCGCAACCUUCUUCUGCACGCACGAUUGCUGGCGAUCGUAUACUCACUGACUCUCGUGCAGGCAACAUCUCGACCAUCAACGGGAAGGCCGCGAGCCAGCCCACCACGGAUUCCUUUUCCUCAGCAGACAAGACUCAUACACAAACCCCAUCAACACUUACCCACAAACGCUCGGUCAAGUCCAUCACUAAAGAGUACGAAGUGCGCAAAGACAACACAACCACAACCUUCCUUCGCCCACCUUCUGCUUCGUCUCGCCCUUCUUCGCCCACCUAUUCCCCACCUCAGCGUCCUGCUACCGUAUCCAGUCUAGACGUUCCAUACACGAAUCACUCCUCCGCACCUGUUUUGCAGAAGCGCAAUUCGUUCUUUCUAUCUAGUCAAUCCGACCCUAGCACCCUCACGGCUCCUACUCCGCGUGCUAGAAGUCUCAGCAACAGCUCAGGUGCCGCUUUCUCUAGAUCACCUUCGAUUCGAUUAGCUAGUGGCUCGUAUCCUUCGACGCUAAGACCACCGGUGGACAAGGCUUCGAACAGCUCUAUUCGGUCUCUUCCGCAACUACCCCACGCUUCUGCGAUUGAUACUGCGGAUAAGCUCUUUGUUUCCACCUCGCCAACAGGGUGCGAGAAUUCAGCUUCUCCUCGAGUGUCUGUUGACGAAGCUAGCAAGAUGAGCGCACCUCAAGAUGACACAGCUGCUGCGCACAUUGGCAAAGAUGCAGGCAACCGCCAUCACCACCAUCAUGAGGCUACUGCGGAGGACAACGCCCAAGACGAGGCCCUGUACGAAGGCAUGGACAGCGUCGCCGACCUUUCCAACUCCUCCACCAACAGCGCAGCCUCCGGUCUAUCCUCCGCAUCAAUUGACUUCUCCAAAAUGACCGUCGCCGAAAAACGCGAGCAUUCCCGCCGACACUCCAACAUUCACAGUCGCAACCUUAGCGUCUUCUUCCCUCAACCCGGAACCGAAGCAGAAGCCGAAUCCGACGCCAUCAAAGCACGAGAGCAUUUCGAGCAAGCCUCUACUUCCACCGCCACCUCCACGAGUGACUCGGCUACCAAAGUGCAUCGUAGGGGCAACAGCGGCAAUCGACCUCAAAUCACAGUUAGCACCGAUGCGACCACUCUCUCUCCCCGCUCGGCUAGUUUUGCUGCACUCACGGCGAAUGAGCAUUCCCAGCACAUGCUUAACACUCCUGAUAAUGGUUUACCAGACCUUAGCCCGAGUCCGAUGAAGAGUAGAAGAGGGCAUCAUCAUAGACAUAGUGUUGCGAUGUUGGAUUCGGCGUUGAGUCCGAUGAAUGGACAUGGGAUGGAAAGGUCUACUUCUUCGACUAGUUAUGCUUCGAAUCCUUCUUUUGGUGCGGGCCAUGGUGAGGGGCAUACUCAUGGGCACGGGCAUGGGCACAGACACACACACCGUCGCUCGCUGCAUUCAAGAACAGUCUCUGCACUGGGUCAUAUUCCGCAAGCCUCGCGACCUUUGCUUUUGUUCGGCAUCUCGCAUUUUGGAUUGGGAGCAGCACUCUGGAUGGCAGGGCAAGAAGUCGAUUCGCUUUCCGCUACUGGGUUGGGUUACCUCGUUGUAUUCGACGCAAUGGGUAUCCUUAGUAGUGCGAUUUCCGAUUGGGCCUUAGAAUGGGAGCAGCACGCCAGCGAUCUGCGUAGGAGAAGUGGCAAAGCGGAAGGUGGGACUCUACGAAGACCUUAUGGCAUGCACCGAGUAUCUACGCUGCUACACUUUGUUCAGACGAUCUACCUCCUUUUUGCCAGUGUGUACGUGCUUAAGGAGUCUGUCGAACAUGCGUUGCUCGAAGGCGGUAGCGGUGUGGAUGCGACAGCUCUAGAAGCGUUGACUGACUCUGCUUCGGGACACGACCGUUCGCAUGCCCAUGCAGAGCAUUCCGUCGGUAUCAUGAUGCCAAACCUUCUCUUGGCGCUGUCUCUGGCUGCUUGUGUGUUUAGCAACAUCGUCAUGGGCAAUCACACACGGCUGGUAGCAGCAUGUGGGAUUAGUACAGCUGCUUCUGGUGGUGCGCCUGGCGGGCCGAGACAUGGACGAAGCGGAUCCGUUCUGAUGCGACCAUCCGAGCUCGCUUCGCCUCUGCUGGCGUUGUUGGCAAACCCGUUCAGUUUGACGGUGUUAUUCUUCAGUUCAGCGUUACUGUUUGCGGGAUUGACAAUGCCUUCGAUCCAAGUCGCUGCUCUGGAUAAGGUGCUUGCUGGUUUGGAAUCUGUUUCGAUGUUCUAUGUUGCCUAUCCCGCCUCAGUUGCACUUGGUAAAGUGCUUUUGCAGACAGCCCCGAGCGACACUUCACCGGACAAAGAACAACUCAAGCGAGCACUUAAGCUUGUCGGACAACAUCCUCUUGUCUCUUAUGUUCCUCCUCCGAAUCUUUGGCAGCUUACCGCACCGACAUCAGCGCUUGUACAGGCUGAUAGGGCUGGAGCAUCAGGCAUGCUUUCUGGCGGUGGGGGUGGUGGAAGAGGAGUGCAUUUUGGGAGCAAGUCGGCGUCGCUUGUUGCUUCAGUGACAGUGUGGUUGAAGCAAGAUGCGAGUGAAGAGGAUUGUUUUGAAAUGACGAAAUGGAUUUGGGAGAGGUUGGCACCCAGUGUAGGAGCAGGGAGAGGGUUGUUGGCGGGGGAAAUGUUGAGAGGGACACAGAGGGCAGGUGAGUUGACGGUGAGUGUUAGGAGGGAGGGACAUGAGGGUGAUGGCGAUGAGCAUUUCGGAUGCGAUCAUGGCCAUGGUGAUAGUCAUGAUCAUCAUGAUCACGGUCACGGUCAUGGACAGAGUUACGGCCAUCAUCACCACCAUCACUAG